UAAUUUAAACCAAAAAUCCAAAAAACGGAAAUCAUAUCGAACGAUAGCCACGAAUUGGAAGCAGUGGAAACAAUGAACCUUCUAAGCCAAGCUCCCGCCGGAGCUUUAUCGGCAACUCAUCGUUGUUCCCUCAAAUUCACCAACCCUAUUCCUCCUCUCUUCUCCCACCGCCGGCCCACUAAAGUCUCCACUACUAACCCAAUUCACGGCCCAAAAAAUCGCCCUAAACCCCUCACUCUUGCUAACGCUGAAUCGUCUUCCGGCGCCGGCGCUCCUCGUCAAACUAAUACUGCUACUACUAGUACUAGUGGAUCAAAUAAUGGGUCAACUUCUUUCGGCUCAGAUGAUGGAAUCACUUUCGUGGGCCAAGAUACUGUUCCUCUUGAAGGUGUUAUCCAGUUUGAGAAACCCGAUUCUUCUUCCUUUAGUGAUAAACUCAACAAAUGGGGUUGGGUGGCAUUGUUAGCUGGUGGAGAUGUAGCGGCUCUAUUGUUGUUCUCGGCAAUUGGAAGGUUCAGUCAUGGCUUCCCUGUAUUUGAUCCCGACACGCUGCGAACUUCUGAUCCUUUCAUUGCUGGUUGGUUUUUGAGUGCAUAUUUCCUUGGAGGAUAUGGGGAGGAUGGUCGAGGAAAAAAUGGUCUUUUUAAGGCUUUCAUUGCUGCUACCAAAUCAUGGUCAUUAGGCAUUCCGGUGGGUUUAGCUAUAAGGGCUGCCUCUGUGGGUCAUAUACCACCAGUCAACUUCAUAAUAGUUACCAUGGGGAGUACUGCUGUAUUACUUAUCGGAUGGAGGACGCUCUUGUUCAGCAUCUUACCAAAGGACCAACCGAAGAAGAAUGAUGUUUAUAAGAGCGGAAGCCCUUUUGAACUUUUUGAGUUGCUAACAUCAUUGGUAAGAAGAUGGUGAUUAUGGUAGCAGUGCACGCGACAUUUUAUUUCGAUUAUAUUCUUUCAAAAGGAAAUUUUCCUGUAUGUACAUGUGAUUUCUCAUUAUAAGUAGAUGUACGACACUGAAAGUUGAGCAAUGCGUCUGAAUAGCGAUGGAAGAAAAUACAGUUUCAUCCUUUUCUCAUUAUA